CCGCGGUCUCCCCCAUUCUCGGCUUCUCCUUUCCGCCGCUUCUCUCCUCUCCGUGCAAGCCCCCAGCCCCAGUGAAGCCUAGGGUUUAGCGGCUAAACCACCGCGGCGCCAAUGGACGUCGACUCGGACCCCGCCGCCACGAGCAAGCCCACCCAGAUGGACUUCGAGGAACAGACGGACGCGAAGGGGACGGGGAAGGGGAAAUCAGAGGAGGGGAGCAUGAAGAGCGAGGAGCUCGCAGACUCCAUCGGGGGCCUCUCCAUUGGCCCGGGGCGCACCAAUUUCAAGAAGAAGCCCGUGAUCAUCAUCGUCAUCGGAAUGGCCGGGACGGGGAAGACGACUUUGAUGCACCGGCUGGUGUGCGAUAUGCAAGCCUCAAACAAGAGGGGCUAUGUCGUUAACCUUGAUCCUGCGGUGAUGACUCUGCCAUUUGGGGCCAACAUUGAUAUCCGUGACACGGUGCGCUAUAAGGACGUGAUGAAGGAGUACGGCCUUGGUCCCAAUGGUGGCAUCCUCACCUCGCUCAACCUUUUUGCCACCAAGUUCGAUGAGGUUGUGUCUGUCAUUGAAAGACGUGCAGAUCAACUGGAUUAUGUACUUGUGGACACUCCUGGGCAGAUUGAGAUCUUCACUUGGUCGGCUUCGGGAGCUAUCAUUACUGAAGCUUUUGCAUCAACAUUUCCAACGGUUGUUGCAUAUGUUGUCGACACACCCAGAUCAACAAGCCCUGUUACUUUUAUGAGCAAUAUGCUUUAUGCCUGCAGCAUUCUCUACAAAACCCGCCUCCCUCUAGUCCUGACAUUCAACAAGGUUGAUGUCGCCAAGCACGAGUUUGCUAUCGAAUGGAUGGAAGACUUUGAGGCGUUUCAGACAGCUUUGGAGUCGGACAAAUCUUAUUCCGCUACAUAUACCCGUAGCCUCUCUCUGGUCCUUGACGAAUUCUACAAGAAUCUACGCUCUGUUGGAGUGUCUGCGGUGGCUGGUACUGGAGUCAAUACAUUUUAUGAAGCUAUAGAAGCAAGCGCCAAGGAAUAUAUGGAAACCUACAGGGCUGAUCUUGACAAGAGGAUUGCUGAGAAGGAAAGAUUGGAGGCAGAACACAGGAAGGAGAACAUGGAAAAAUUGCAGAGAGAUAUGAUGAAGUCCAAAGGACAAACUGUGGUGCUCAACACUGGUUUGAAGGACAAAAAUCCUGCUUCAGACAUGAUGGAUGAUGCUGAGGGUGAAGAAGAUGAGGAAUUCGAAAAGUCUGGGUUUAUUGUGGAUGAUGAAGAGGACGAAGAUGAAGGAGAAGAUGAGGAAGUGGCUCAUUUUGGCUUUUGAGGGUAACCAAACAGCAACUUGGUGGUGCACUGAUGGAUAAUCCAUGAUUUUGGGCGCUUGUUUAAGGUUUACCUAACUGGCAAAAAAAACUGUUGAUAUAUGUAGGUUGUUGACUCUGCUAUUACUCUGUAAAUCAAAUCAAGCACUUUUUGUAAACUCGUAUCUUGGUGCUGGCAGUGCAUGCCGUAUUUUUUGGGCCUUGGAGGUUGAAUCGCUAGGUUGAUGAUGCAAA